UGUCAUAAACGUAGGAACGGGAACAACGCAGACGAAUUACAGGUCAUGUCCGGAGAUAAGGCCAGAAAUCCAAGUUCAACCUGCGCAGCUCCAGAAAGAAAUUCAUUUAGAAAGAGAGCCGGAGCGUCGUCUGCUGCGUCAGCCGCCGGUAGGGGGCUCGUCGGGGAGCGGCGUGCGAGGAGCGCCGAGCGGCAGAAGUCACCUGUGGCCGCCUCACGCGAGGCUCGGCCUCAGCUCCCGCCUCGAGCACUCGUUCCUGACGAAGACCGUCUCGCGGGAGAGCGUGGCUGCCGCAUCCCUGCGGCAACUGUACCGGGAAGGUGGCAACGAGUUCGCCGAGAUCGCCGCCGAUUCCAUGCGGGUCAAUGGCGCCAUCCGCCAGUUCAAGCAGCUCCGCAAGCCCACGGGUUACACGUCCUCGACAGCGUCCCUUGAGCGAGCCUCGUCCAUGAAGGGCCAGAACUCGACGGACAGCGAGACGGCGGCCAUCGCGCUGGUCGGCGUCACCUCGGAGCAGCCCGCGGCCGCCGACGAUGCGGCCAAGAAGAAGGCCGCCGGCUUCCACAAGCCCAGCGUCGGAUACCGGCUCGGCCGGCGUAAGGCGCUCUUUGAGAAGCGGAAGCGCAUUUCCGACUACGCCCUCGUCAUGGCCAUGUUCGGCAUCGUCAUGAUGGUCGUCGAGAACGAACUGUCCGCUGCCUUAGUCUACAACAAGGCCUCUGUAUUUUCUACUGCUGUGAAAACAUUGAUCUCCGUCUCCACGCUUAUGCUAUUAGGUCUUAUAGUUGCCUACCAUGCCCUUGAAGUACAGCUGUUUAUGAUCGACAACUGUGCCGACGACUGGAGAAUUGCGAUGACCCCCCAACGGAUCUCGCUAAUCUUCCUCGAGUUGGCCGUCUGCGCCGUCCAUCCCAUACCUGGGGAAUACUAUUUCACGUGGACCACCAAACUGGCUAAUCAGAACGGUAUUGUGGAAUCCCGCAAGGUGCCGAUCGACGUUACUCUGUCCUUGCCCAUGUUCCUACGCCUAUACCUCAUAUGCAGAGUGAUGCUUCUGCAUAGUAAACUGUUCACAGAUGCCUCAUCCAGGAGCAUUGGAGCACUCAACCGAAUCAACUUCAAUACGAGGUUCGUCCUCAAGACCCUCAUGACCAUUUGUCCGGGAACGGUGCUCCUGGUCUUCAUGGUUUCUCUGUGGAUCAUCGCUUCGUGGACGCUGAGACUCUGCGAGAGAUAUCACGACGAGGAGCAUGCUAAUUUACUUAACACUAUGUGGUUGACGGCCAUUACUUUUCUAUCUGUCGGUUACGGCGACAUAGUGCCCAACACCUACUGUGGCCGCGGCAUCUCUGUGAGCACGGGUCUUAUGGGCGCCGGGUGCACGGCGUUGGUCGUUGCAGUCAUCGCCCGAAAACUCGAGCUAACUCGAGCAGAGAAGCACGUCCACAACUUUAUGAUGGACACUCAGCUGACCAAAAGGUUAAAGAAUGCAGCCGCCAACGUGCUCAGAGAAACGUGGCUUAUAUACAAGCACACUAAAUUAGUAAAACGGGUGAAUCAAGCUAAAGUUAGAGCCCAUCAAAGAAAAUUCCUUUUAGCCAUAUACUGUCUUAGAAAAGUGAAAAUGGAUCAAAGAAAACUUAUGGAUAAUGCAAAUACUAUUACAGAUAUGGCAAAGACGCAGAAUUCUGUGUAUGAGAUGGUAUCUGAAAUGAGUCAAAAGCAUGAAAUACUAGAAGAGAGAGUUGUAUCUCUCGAAGAACGUUUAACAGUUAUACAAGAACAAUUAGAAGCCCUUCCAGAUGUUUUGACAAAGGCCUUAUCAUCGCUUCCGGCCAUAGCUGCUGCAGAAAAUCGCCAGCAAAGCGGAUCCCAAACGCAGCAACAAGCUCAGCAACCUAGCAGUCGUCAUGUUUUUCUCCAUCCGGAUGAUGCUGCAUCCCUAGCAAAUCGAGGGGGGAAUUGGACAUCAGUUAAUCUAGGAUGUAGCAAUCGGACUGCUGCACCACCGCCUUUGACAUCCCGUGCACUGUCUACGGAGAACUGAGCAUACAUUCACUGCUAUUUUAUGUUUCAUUUUCUGUUCCGAAACAGCAAAUCAAAAGAUUAAAGGCUCUUAUGCAGUUUUGGAACACUGCAUAAGAGAUCAUUGCUCUUCGAUUUGAAGGCCGAACACAAAAAGGUUAUCAUAUCAUGAGCAAGCUUUCAAAAUAUUGAUAUACUGAAGACAUAAUCAGCACAGACUUGACUUUUGCAGUAGCACAAGCAAAUUCCAUUAUGCUUAGAUUGUUUGUGAGCUUCUUAUGUAACGUGGAUCGAAAUGGCGAAACAAGCUGGUGGCCUUAUAUCGGCUCACAUACAUCACAUACACACUAUUUUUCUUUCAUCUCCUUAGAGCAACACGUUAUAAGUAUCAAAUUCAAUUUUACCAAACAAGCACGCACAUCAAACAUUUAUAUUACAACUUCCAAAUUACUGCACACAAAAUUUACCAUUUUCAGAUAAAUUUCUAAGAACUAGAAAUUCAUCACUAAUUUUCAAUGGAGCACAGCAAUCUGGUUAAAUAAAGCACACAUAUUCACAUGUCUAAGUAAAAAUAUUAGGAGAGCCUUUUUCAAUUUAAAAUCUGUUUCUGGAAAAAAAAAAAAUAUGUUAUUAAUUUCGUGAAAUACAUGUACGUUUAAAGAAAGAGUUAAAUUUAAUUAUAACAAUCAAAGUAACCAUAACGAUAAUAAAAGAGGCAAUUUUUUUGAUGAAGAUUUUAAUAUAUCAUAAACUACAUAUAACAGAACCAGCAUGUUUUCGUCUUUUCGAUAUGAAUGUGAUAAUUUCGUCUCAAUGAUGACCUUUUUAACAAGACUUUGAAAUAGAUUCAUUCCCUUUACUACGAUAUCCAUAUUCGUACGAAGAGUAUUUACAACAGUUAUAUAUACAUAAAUCUAAAAGUCUUCUGAAUCAAACAUUAUUUGAUCACUGUUUCAAGCAUAGAAAAAUAGCAUUCGACAGUAGUUGAGAUUCUAGAGGAGGUUUUGUGAUUACGACAGCUGAAGAAUACAGGUGCAUCUCAGCACUAUGGUUCGAGUGCACGUCUUUCAGGAAAAGUGGCAAAGUAAGCACAGCAUAAAGUUCCCUUGAAGUUUCAAGGAAUUAAACUUUUUCUGGUAAAAAAUUCAGAGAUAUCUGAAGCGAAUUGUAUAACUAAACCAAGGGCCUUAUUUUGCUUAAAUGCAUUUCACUACAUUUAAUAUACCUUUGGCGCAAAGAAUGAUAUAGACACUUAGCUUUAUAAGAAGUUCUGUUGCGAUUCUUUAAUACGGUGAAACCUGUGUAAGUUGACCAUUUGCGACGCACUACUUUAGUGGUCAACUUAAACAGGUGGUCAGCUUAUAGAAGUUGAUUUAUAUGACAUAGGACUAAUUCUGUACCUGAAAAAAGCGGUCAACUUAGGCAGGUGGUCAACUUUACAGGGUUUACUGUAUACUUUGCAGCUACUUACGUUAUUUGAUACGAUGCCCCGGAGAUAUCGUGUCGUAUAUUAAUGCCUACGCUUAGACGUUCAAUAUAUAUUUCGGAAAGUAAAAAAAGACUUAGCAAACACGGUAGAAAAUCGUUUCCUCGUUCUUGGAGUCCUAGACAAGUGAAAACGUGGAAUAAUUAUUCACAAUAUUAGCAUCAUGUAACUAGCUCUUUUAAAUAUUUAUAUAAAGUAUGGAAUGAGACAGGAUAUAUAUGAUGUAAAUAUCUGAGUCAAACUUAGCAAGUGAGACUUAAUCCCCCUACGUGCUCCUUCUCAAGAUUAUUUAAACAAUGAUAUAGAGACUGGUGCAAGUAAAAAAAUAAAAGGAAAGCAGAUUGUAUUUUUCGAUAAAUCAAUGUGAUACGAAUGAGGUGCCGAUUAAAUGACCAAACAAUGAAGUUUUCAGCCGUCGUGGCUAUAUUUUACUUACAUUCUCAAGCUUUUACUUGUUGAUCACAAAGCAAACAAGCUUUGAAAUUCAUUUUAUCGUACUUCUGUUUUGCGUUUUCUUUUUAGCUGUUGAGCUUUGUAUAACAAUAAUGAGGUAAGCCUCCAUUUUGCUAGAAAAAUAAUAAUAAUCGAAAAUAGGGAUGCUGUAAAGACUAAUUUUUGAAAUAAAAUGACCAAAACCGCUAUGCUCUAAAAAUUUUAUGAUGUUGACGAUACAUUAUUAUUAACGAUAAUUAGAAUUAUAUCAAACGUUUGAAUAUACAAAUCAUUUAAAUGCAUAGUAAAAUUUAAAAUAAUGCAACUUUUUUUUUAACUUUUUGAGGAAAUAUUUUAAUGAAGUAAGUGUUUUACUUUCAUUUCUUUCUUUAUCAUUUACAAUUUAUCUACACCUGUAAUUUGGACAAACGUUGGUUUUAAAAAAUCGUUUUGAGAGUUUAGGAAAUAUGUUACAAUGAUAAAAAAGAAAUGAAAAACAUUGCGUAGAGUUCUCACUUUUUUUACGAGAUUUUUUAAGAUCAUUUAAGUUGUCAAUUGGCAUUAGUUCUGAAAAAAAUAUCAAUAUAAUUAUUUAACGAAAAAUGUAACUCUUACUACCAAGUAAAGUAAGAUUUCGUUUUUUCAAGUUUAGUUUAAUAUGUUUCCAUGGACUUAAUAUAUCUUUCUUUUCUUAAGAAUUUUAUACUUAACGUUCAAAAAUUAUCUAAUAUAUAACUGAAAUAAGGUACAAAUUGCUGUUAAUAGGAUGACAUCAUAAUUUAUUCAAAGCAGUGAUUCUGAGUAAAGUUAAUUUCAUUGAAAAGUUACAACAUUUUUUAUCGAAUCGAUAUCUAUAAUAGUCAAUUUAUGAGAUUUUUUAAUAAAAUGUUGUCUUAUUUUGUUGAAUUAUUACAGAAUAAAAUAUAUAAAGUAAACUCA